AUGCCUACAUAUGAAUUAGCGUUAAUGUUAAGGGCUAUGCCAAAACCAGAACUGAAAACUACUUUGACGCGAGUAUCACAUGCUGUUUUCAACCGCGGUGGUAUUAUAAGGAACAUUGAAAAUUUGGGGUUCAGACCGAUUCCAUACAAAACGAGUGCCCACGGUUUAGUGCAUCGCGAAGCUAAUUAUUUCAUAUUUAAACUAGAUACAGCAACCAAAGCGGUAGCUGAUCUUAGAGAGGAAUACAGUCGAGAUGUCGAUAUAGUUAGGCAACGUUUUUAUAAAGUUCAAACAGAUGAGCAGCCAGCCUGUACGUUGGAAGAGGAAAUGUUGCCGCCGGCGUACAGAGAGGAAGUGCAGCAAAUGAUUGAAGUUGGGAAAACACAAGUCAAUAGAUUCACAUAUAAAUUCAAAUACAAUUCUGGUUUGGAUUAUUAUCCAUUCCAAAAAUAG